AUGGCGGUAGAUAUGGACACCGCUCGGGAAUGGCUCACAUGGAGCUUCAGCCCGACCAUCGGAGCCAUGCUCUUCACAUUGCUGCUGUCGCUGUUGCUGCCCAUCCUCUUCCACUUGUUCCUGUACCGCCAGCGCGCCGCCGUCGUUGUACCCUCAUUCAUCCUGCUCGGUCCUAGUGGUGCCGGCAAGACAACUCUACUUACUCUGGUGCGUCGCGAACACUUGCGACUCCACUGUAAAUUUGCUAACCAUGUACACAGNUUCGAGCGCGGCACACCGACCGCUACUCACACUUCGCAAGCUCCCCAGACCGUCACAUGCACCCUCCCUACUGGCAUUAUUGCCGAGUCUCACAAAUACCGCGCCUCCGACGACCCUUCAAGCAAGAAAGAGCGUCAAAUCGAAGUGACUGACACUCCUGGCCAUGGCAAGCUGCGUCAGCACGCCUACGAUACCGUUACUGCCGCUGCCUCUCUAAAGGGCCUGAUCUUUGUUGUUGACGCAGCCGCGCUGUCCAGCCCUCAAGGCCUUUCCGAGGCUGCUACCUACCUUCACGAUAUUCUACUCAUUCUGCAAAAGCGGCACACUGGAGCAAAGAGCAGCAAGGGCCCCGCCGGAAUUCCAGUUUUGGUUGCAGCCAACAAGCUGGAUCUAUUUACUGCACUACCCGCUCAACUGGUCAAGAAGCGCUUGGAAGACGAAAUCACAAAAAUCCGAUCAACCAGGGCAAAGGGACUGCUCGACAGCGCCGUCGACAUUGAAGGAGACGAUGAGGAUAGGGAAUGGCUGGGUGAAGGCGGUGAGGGCGACUUUAACUUUGGACAGAUGAAAGAGGCCGAGAUUGAAGUGAGCGUGCUUGGAGGCAACGCCAGCGCAAAGGGCGAGGAAAAGACUCAAGUGGAUGCCUGGUGGACGUGGAUUGCGCAGCAAAUGUGA